AUGGCCGUUCUCGCUAUUGCUGGAGGAACAGGGGGUGUAGGCAAGACCGUUGUCGAGCAGCUGAGCCUUCAUGGCGCUCACCAUACCGUGUAUAUCCUGACUCGUGAGGUAGACAUGACCCCAAUGGCAUCUCAUCGCGGUCACGGAGACAUCAGUUUAACACUGCAUCAUCAGAUCCCACCCAAGCCAAUUCUGGAACACGCUCGCUUCCUCAAGGUCGACUACGGACAUGUCGAUUCUCUCACCAAGACUCUACAAGACCACAAGAUCGAUACCGUCAUCUCGACCAUCAACCUCGAGACGGAGGCAGGCAGCCAAGCACAGCUCGGUCUCAUUGAAGCAGCCGACAAGUCUUCAACCACUCGCCGAUUCAUUCCUAGUGAAUUUGUGGCGCUCAUCGAUGAAGAUGAUCCCAACUCGGGUCCCGGAAUCGGUGGCUGGAUUCCCAACGCUCGCGCGCUGAAGAAGACAAAUCUCGAGUACAUCCGCAUCUCCAUUGGCCUUUUCUCAGAUUACUGGGCAAUGCCUCGCAUCAAAAGCAACCUCAAGCCCUUCCAAUGGCUCCUUGACAUGGACAAAGGAAUCGCUGUCAUCCCUGGCAGCGGCAACGAAAAGUUUACCGUCACCUACAGCGAGGAUCUCGCUCGAGUCAUUGUCAAGCUUCUUGAUGUGGACGAGAAGUGGCCCAAACGCGGCUUCCUCUCUGGCUCAGACAUCUCCAUCAAUGAAGUCAUCGUCACUGCCGAGAAGAUUCGAGGCAUGUCACCAAUCAAGUCUCUUUCAUUGCAUGCUGAAGUGUUCUGA